CCGGCACCGCCCUAGGUCCCUCUCGGCCGGCCGCUCCCGCCCCGCCGCACAGGCAGAGCAGGUCGGACCAGGCGGCGGGGCAGGUAUUUAAGGGGAAGGUGAGGGCAGCGCCGCUCACUAGCGGCACCAGCUCCCCGCCAGCCAGGCGCGGCCCAGCACAGGGGCUGCAGGCGGGGCCGGGCUCCGUCAGCGUGUGGCGGCAGCGGCGGCGGCAGCGGCGCAAGUCCCGGCCUCCCCUCUCGCUCCGGUGCCGUGUGGUCUCGCCCGCCCCCGCUGCCAUGUUGGAUUGUGCGGCCGUGGGAGCCGGGGCGAAGUUGGAAGUUUAGUGCUGGUCCGAGCGGGUGGGGGCGAUCGGGCCGCGGGAGCCGGUGCUGCCCCGCCCCGUCGCUAGGCUGCCGGGCGCCGCCAGCUGCCCCCCGAGGAGAGGAGACUCCGCGAUGCGGCCGCUGUGAGGCCGCUGGGCCAGGGGACGCGGACGGCGAGAGGCGAGGGCACCGCGGAGCCCCGGCGGCCGGCCCCGGCCAUGAGCAACAGCCAGCAGCAGCAGCAGCCCCCGCCGCCGCGGAGGGUCUGCAACGUGGGCUCGCUGCUCCUCACCCCGCAGGAGAACGAGAGCCUCUUCGGCUUCCUGGGCAAGAAAUGCGUGACAAUGUCUUCAGCAGUUGUCCAGAUAUAUGCAGCAGAUCGCAAUGCCAUGUGGUCAAAAAAAUGCUGUGGAGUAGCCUGCCUUGUAAAAGACAAUCCACAAAGGUCUUAUUUUAUCAGAAUAUUUGACAUCAAGGAUGGGAAACUAUUGUGGGAGCAGGAACUGUACAAUAAUUUUGUAUAUAAUAGUCCUAAAGGAUAUUUUCAUACCUUUGCUGGAGAUACAUGCCAGGUUGGUCUUAAUUUUGCUAAUGAAGAAGAAGCUAAAAAAUUCCGGAAAACAGUAACUGAUUUGCUUGGACGACGGCAAAGAAAAUCUGAAAAAAGACGGGACCCACUGAAUGGUCCAAAUCUACCAAUGGCAACUGUUGAUAUCAAAAAUCCAGAAAUUACAACUAACAGAUUUUAUAAUUCACAAGUCAACAAUAUUUCAUAUACCAAAGAGAUCAAGAAAAAAGGAAAAGUGAAAAAGAAGAAAUUGACAAAGGCAGAUAUUGGAACUCCAAGCAACUUCCAACACAUUGGGCACGUUGGUUGGGAUCCAAACACAGGUUUUGAUGUGAACAACUUGGACCCGGAACUGAAAAAACUAUUUGAUUUGUGUGGAAUUUCAGAGGCUCAAUUAAAAGACAAAGAAACGUCGAAGGUGAUCUAUGAUUUCAUUGAAAAAACAGGAGGAGUAGAAGCUGUUAAAAAUGAGCUGCGUAGGCAAGCUCCACCACCGCCGCCACCAUCCAGAGGAGGACCCCCUCCCCCACCACCACCACCACCUCCACAUAGCUCGGGUCCUCCUCCUCCUCCUGCAAGGGGAAGAGGAGCUCCACCUCCUCCUCCUUCAAGAGCUCCCACAGCAGCACCUCCACCCCCACCUCCAUCUAGACCAGGUGCAGGAGUGCCCCCUCCUCCUCCAAAUAGGAUGUAUCCUCCUCCACCUCCAGUGCACUCAUCAUCUGCACCGUCUGGCCCACCUCCACCGCCUCCACCAUCAGCAAGUGGUUCAUAUGUACCUCCGCCGCCUCCUCCACCACCUCCCCCUCCUGGUCCUCCUCCACCACCUGGCUUCACUUCAGAGGUUGAUAACCAAUUUCCAGCUCCUACAGGAAACAAAGCAGCACUCUUAGAUCAAAUCAGAGAAGGUGCCCAGUUAAAGAAAGUAGAACAGAACAGUCGACCUGUGUCCAGCUCAGGAAGAGAUGCGCUCUUAGACCAGAUACGACAGGGUAUACAGCUGAAGUCUGUAUCUGAUGGCCAAGAGCCCUUGCCACCCACAGCUGCACCCACCUCAGGAAUUGUGGGUGCAUUAAUGGAGGUUAUGCAGAAAAGGAGCAAAGCCAUUCAUUCUUCAGAUGAAGAUGAGGAUGAAGAUGAUGAAGAAGACUUUGAGGAUGAUGACGAAUGGGAUGAUUGAUCAAUAUAUUAUAUUAUAUAUAUAUAUAUUUUUUAAGGUGAAUGAAAUACUAAACACUACUUUCUGUCUAUGGAUUCUGUAAAAUUAUCAUGUAAAUGUUCUACCAAUUUGCUGUAUAUUUUUGUUGCCUUUUGCUUUUUUAUUAAUCUGUGCAAUACCUCAUUUAAUCUGUAAAGGUUUGUCAUAAUCCUCUACAAAGCUACUCCCUGUUAAUGUGUGCAAGUUUACAUCUUGAUGCUCAGUGUACAUGUGAAUACUUUCCAUUCCAUCAAUAAGGGAGUUUAAAUGUAAUAUGUGAGACUGACAAAAACCUUAAUGUAAUUUAGUUAUAAUGCAAGAAGGAAAACACUAUUUUCAUACCCUACUUUUCUGUAUCUAAAUUUUCUUAUUAAAACCUAGUAUAGUACUACAUUCUUUAAGUGAUGCAGCUCUUAGUUUAUUGAGCCCCUUCACUUCGAAUACAAUGCUACAUGAAUGUUGAGGCUGAUUAUAAUAUUGCACGGUUUUCAAUACAUCACAACAUUGCAGUUGUUCGAAUCUUAGCAGUAUGCUUUUCAUAAAACUACAAAAAUACACAGCUAGUUAUGAAAAUUAAUAACUUACCAUUAUACGGUAGCAAUAUUGUCUGAUAUUGGAUAGCAGUGAUAUUUGAAGGCUUUAAUUAGGAAAUUCUCUGCCUGAGAUUAAACAGGAUGGCUUUUUGCUAUAGCAAUGGUGAAGGCAUUUUUGAUACAAACCAGUUUUGUCCUUGUUGCCAGCUGUCUUUCAGAAUGAGGAAGAGCCUAAAUUUCUGGGGCUAUACUGUAAUCUGGCUGUUGCUACAGUCAUUUGAUUUAUUUUUAAAAUCAAUUUUAUGUAUUUUUUGGGCUGAAGGGCUGCGUUUAAUGCUUGCUUCAAUAAUGUUGGGUUUAAAUUCAUUUUUAAAUGUGUAGGGCACUGGUAUACUAAUAAAGUAAACUUACGUGGUGUUACUUUGCAGUCUUUAUGGGUUAUGGUAAUACCAAACACUAAGACACCAGUCCUACAUUUAAAAAAAAAAAGUUUAAAAGCAUAUAAAUCAGAAUAUACACUUUAAAUAUGUACUGAACUUUAUUAUUGCAAUAUUCUGUCUGCAUACGUUGGCUUGAAGACCAAGAGUUGUGAUAAAGAUCAAGGGCCCUAUUCAUAAGAAUAGCAUUUGAAUACGUAAUUGGAAAAUGGAUUUCUUGUUUCACAGGUUUCACCUUCAUAUAAGAUGUACUUAAUAGUGAGGUAAAAAUUGGAGUAUCUGCCUAUUAAAAUACACUACUCUGCUCUAGCCUGGGUAUUUAAUGUCUGCAGCACUAAUUAUUGUACUUGCAGUAAGAUUUAGGUAGAAAAUCUUUUUAAAGAACCACGUUAUCUCACUGAUACAGAAUGUUUAGAUAAGUCAGUCAUAUUUGGAGUAUAGUUAACACAUAAAAUCCUGAGACUUUCUGACUAUAGUCAAGGUACCAAACUACAUUUAAGUUAUCCAAAGUUGUAUUGACUGAAACCCAGUGUUGGCCUGAUCUUGACAGGCUGGACCUGCAUGAUGUGGCUUGGGAUUUCUAACCCAGCUAUCUAGUCUCUAGUAAUCAAUUACUUAAUCGGGUGAGAAGAAAAGAAUUUAAAAGGUUAUGUUGCCGAAAACUGGUGUGAGAGGAGUUAAAUUAUUCCAGCGAUGCUAACUCCCUUCCAAGUGUAACUUAAGCAUGUAACUUUGGAAAUCUCUUCCAAGUGGUCUCAUUUUCUUCCAGUAAUAUUCACAUUGCCCUCUGCUGCUAGAAAUACUUCUACUGGCUUUGCUGCUGUAAUGGCUUGAGCAUUCUGAGUUGACUAUGGGUGAGGCCUGGGAAGCUACUGCCCAGUGGGUUUAAGAAUGUGCAUAUGGAGAAUAUUCUACGACUUUGAUAUAACUUCAAGCAUUUUCUCUCUUUUAUAGCAUUAAGGGCAUUUUAAAGUUAAGUGGACAAGGCCCAGAUGCUCUCCUAAUACAUUGCUUAAUAGGGUAUGUUUAACCUGUAUGGACUUGGGAUUUCUGUACUUUAAUACAUAAUUAGCAUUCAUCAAGAAAUCUCCAUUCCCUGUGUUGGGAGAGCUGGAAGUUAAACACUGUAUACUUGGGAUAACUGUGUUUGAUCCAUGGAUCACUUAGCAAAGAAGGCAUUUGAUUCUGUUCUUCUCUAAAUAUAUCCACUUUAUUGCACAAAGUCCAAAUUAAUAUCUGCUUAAAAUUGCAUAUGUAUGGUUAAAUCUAGGCAUGAAGACUGCAGCUGCAAUUAAGCUAAAAUAAUGUCAUGGCUGCAUGUUUCAGUGCUCCCCCACUUGCACCCUGGGCAGAGGAUAGUGUUUUGUGGCAUUGAUUCACUAUCGCUGAACAUUGUAAUGAAGGCCUCUCUAUAUACUCUAGUUAAAUGACUGCGUCCAGAUAGCCUUAGCAAUUACUAAAAGCCUCAUGCUAGUUAUCUCGACACUAUGUGCAUAGACGAUAUCAGCUAGCCACUUAUUGUACGUAUGGAAUUCAUAAGAACUUCUCAAUCAUUCAGUUUUCCAUUUAUCAAAUUGAAAUUUUUAGUAUGUGAAUUUUUGAAAUGUACAGUGAAUAGGAUGUUGCACUGGUGGCAAUCCAUCAUCGAGCAUAAUAAAAUUAAUUUGACCCAAA